AACCGGAAACAAAUGGAGAAGUACUUCGUGUAGUAAAAAACAUAAACAUAAUCUUCGAACAAACAUUAGCAAAUAUCAGAAGAUGACUUUGGGUUAAAAAAGAAAAGGAAAAGUUUAUUUUAUUGUGUUUCAAGCGGAGAAAAGUUUAAGGGAAUAGACUCAAAGGUUAAAACAUGCUUGAUCCAACCACAAGAAGCGAGCCAGUUCCGACAAAUUUCGUUGCAAGCGCUGUCAGCGAGAAUUCGUCUGUGAAAGCAAAUACUGAUAAUGGCGAUGUUUUUUACGAAACACCAGCUGCACAAGGGAUUUCUGGCCUCUUUGUGGCUUUAGCAAUCAUAAUUACUGUCCACCAGAUCUACCUUCACCUGAAAUUUUACACAAAUCCCAACCAGCAGAGAUGGAUUGUCCGUAUCCUGUUCAUCAUUCCCAUAUACGGGUUUCAUUCUUGGCUAAGCCUGAUGUUCUUUCAACAUUCAUUUUCCAUCUACUUUGACACAGUCCGGGAUUGUUACGAAGCUUUUGUGAUAUAUAAUUUCAUAAGUCUAUGCUACGAGUAUCUUGGUGGAGAGAUUUCCAUCAUGAAUGAGCUUCGUGGGCGACCAAUCAAGGCAAGUUGGAUCAGUUGUACUUGCUGUCUGAAUGGAAUGCAAUAUACUGUUGGUUUUCUAAAGUUUUGUAAGCAGGCAACGCUUCAAUUUUGUGUUGUUAAACCAAUCAUGGUGAUUGUUAUUUUAAUUCUGUUUCCUCUUGGAUAUUAUGAUCCAGGAGAAUGGAGAGGUGAUCGUGGCUAUCUUUAUGUAACUGUGGUAUACAAUAUCUCCUACACCCUAGCAUUAUAUGGAUUGUUUCUGUUCUAUUCAGCUACAAAAGAGCUUCUUGCACCUCAUAACCCCCUACUAAAGUUCUUCACUAUCAAAUCAGUUGUAUUCUUAUCUUUCUGGCAAGGCUUCACUUUGGCUAUCUUUGAAAGUGCUGGUGUAAUCCGAACAUACAACAAUAUUUCAUCUGGGAAGAUCGCAAGUGCUUGUCAAGAUUUCUUAAUAUGCAUUGAAAUGUUUUUCGCUGCAAUAGCUCUGAGGUUUGCCUUUCCACACUCAAGAUAUAUGAACCAACGGAAAUUGAAUGAAAAAGGCCAAGCAGUUGCACUUAAGAGCAUUUCAAGUAACUUUAGACAAACAUUAAACCCAAAAGACAUUGUCACCGAUGCCAUACAUAACUUUUCACGUUCCUACCAACAGUAUGCAGGUGGAAUGGCAGUUCAGACGAACGAGGAAAGCCCAAAGCCUAAAGUUGUUUAUAGUAAAACUGGUUAUUCUGAAGAAACUAUGCUACUAGAUUCAGACUCAGAAUUUUAGCUUUGAGUGGUUGCACUAAAAUAAGCAGACAUGCAUGUAGAAAUAUCAUAUUUAAUUUGUUUAAUGUCCCUCUGAGUCAAUGCUCAUCUCAAUCCAUCCACAUACUCAAAAUCAAUCGUGUUUUUGCAAGUAUAAUCUGCAUUAUCUAAUUAUUCCUCCUGAAAAGCACAAGCCCCUAGAGAGCUAACAGGAGCUACAUACGAAGGAUGUGAUAUGGUCAAUAACUGUUUCUUUUUUAUGUGAUGGAAUGAGAUAAAA